AUGUGUGAUAGCAUUUGCAAAAAUGAAAAGAAGUUUGUCUUGGGGCCUGCCCCCUCGCCUUGCACCACCAUGGAGGACUAUGCCGUUUUUGAACCCGCAGCAAACCCGGUUAUCAAAAACAUAGUCCAAGAAACUACAAUUCAUGUGCCCAAAAUAGAGUACAAGGAAAAUAUCGUCCACGUGCCCAAAGUUGAAUACAGAACGUACCCCGUCGUCAAGGAUGUGGAAACGCCCAUAUACAGAGAAAGGUACAGAUACAAAGAUGUCCAAGUGCCCCAAAAGAAGUUGAGGGUCAAGCCAGUGUAUAAAGUGGUGGAUGUGCCUCAGUAUAAAUAUGUAAAUAAAUAUGUGAAGAGAAAAUACAAACGAUUUCAAUACGUGCCAAAGGAAGUCCCUGUGCCUUUUAGACCCAGGAGAGAAAUCUAUACAGAAAUUCCCAUCCGUAGAUAUAUCCCCCAAUAUAUGGAAAAUGGUCCCAUAGAACCGGACAUGAGUAAUAAUAGCGCUUAUAACCUUCAGGGAGAAUUACCCCUCUUCGAAGGGUACAAUGACAACUUUUUAAAUAUGAUGAAUCCGUUUAGUAGGUAUACGGGCAGAAAGAAGGAUAACUGCUUUCUGAGCUGCCUCUGUAAUGGAAAGAAUGACGAGUCAAUAAUGCACGAAAUUGAUCCUCUUCUCUUUAACGAUGCAAUUUAUACACACGGUAGGGGAAACCUGUACGACAUGAAGAGGAGCUAUGAAUUCCCCCCCGAGCAGUACAACACAUUUGCCUAUAAUAGUUACCCACUUGUUAUACAUAAACGGGAAAAUAAUUUUUAUGACAAAAUGAUUGAGACCACGUCCAACUUGUUGGCAACAGCGGGGGUGGCUCUCGUGCUGGCUGGAAAACUGGGUCUGCAGGGGAUAUCUCUCCUCGUGGGGGGUGCUGACAAGGGGAGCCACAAUGGGACUGGUGCAGUUGGUGGUGCUGGCGCCGAUUCGUAUGCUCUUGAUGGGGGUAGACGUGAUCCGCUUAAAGACACACAGGUUAAGAGAAAACAAAUUGAGGAUCAAAGUGGGAGAAGUGCCACAAAAAGGGCAACCAAAUAG